AUGGAAAGCUGGCGAGCUGGUAACUGGGGGAGACCCAGUGGAGUAUUAGUUAAUUUUGUCUUUCCAGUCUGUUUAAGCUCUCUCUCUCUCUCUCUCUCUCUCUCUCUCUCUCUCUCCCACACACACACACACACACACACUGAGGCAUUAUCUUUUCUUUUUGUGUGCGCGCUGUGGUUUAAAUUGCUUCAUAUGGAACAUAUGUGCCGCUACGUUUGCUUCAUUAGCUGAGGCAUGCAGAUAUUUGUGGUAAUUGCCUUGCUGCAAAAGGCAAUUUGGAAUUUUUGUUGGAGUCUCUCUCUCUCUCUCUCUCUCUCUCUCUCUCUCUCUCUCAAUUAUUCUAGAUCACUGGCAGUGUUAUUAGAAGCAACCCCAGUGGCCAGACUUAGACAUGGUUGUACCUUUGGUGAAAAGUCCUAGUGACACUCUCACACUGUUUCUUUAUUUGUUUGUUUGUUUUCAUGGUGCACAAAUGAAAAGUGGCAGCAGGAAAAUUAUGCCCCUCUCUAACCUGGCUGCAUGGCAUUGCUUUGUGGUAAGGCUAGAUCUGGAUAGGCUUGUGUACAAUCCCUUGUAGGUCUUUGUCACUCAUAAUCUGACAACAACACAGGAUGAACUGUUUAUAAUAUGACUGCAAGGGAUAAAUAUAUACACAUGCUCAGAAUAAACUGGAGUUUUUACAUGGCCAUUAAAUGCCUAUUUUUAAUAAAUUGAUUGCCCCCCACAAUUUAAAAGCUUGAAGCAAGUGGUGCUUUUGUUAAUGCGCACAGGUUCAGUUUCAAGCCAGCUAUUGCAGUUCUCUUAGUGCUGUUUUCAUGUCCAGAACUAUCCAGUAUUCCUUUCCAUCAAUAAUACACCUUUUUGACACCUGGAAAAAUAAAUUCUUCCACGGUCUAUUCAGACAGCACAAAACAGUAGGUGAACAUGGAAAUCCUGUCACUAGUGAAUUGCACAUUCCCGGUGAAAACUGUUAGGAUUCCUGCUCUGUAUUUGCAGUCAUGAGAUUGUUGUCUUUCACAUGACGGUGUAUGUUUGCAUUCCACAGUGUGGGAAGUGACGGAGACAGGAUGUUUUAGUAUUACUGUGUUCCGUGAAGUGGAACUAUUGUCCUUUAUUUUCUUUCUUUGCUGUCUGAUGAGAAAGAGGAAGGAGCCAAGUCAGAAUGCUCCAAGUGUAUUGUAUGUAAAUAAAAGUAGAUUAGCCAAAAUGCUGUGCUACUGAGUUCUGUUAUGCAAACUGCAAAUACUCUGCGGAUCCCUAAGUGUGCUGAUGCUUCUUGGUAUCAGUCGCUGUGAUGUUCAGGUCGAAGAAAGCUUUUGAAGCUCCCGAACGAACAACCAGGAGGGAGAGAACAUGCCAGUCGGGCAUGUGUCUCUGCCAGGGUCCUACACGAGAGUAGGACACUCCUAACAUCGUAGUUAGAUGAUAACCACAUUUGGAUAUUAUUUGGGUGCUUAUUCAAAAUACCAUAGUUCCUCACCCUACAGAAUUUCUGUUAUUUUUUAGUUUGCUUAUUGUAUUGUUCUUAGGUCUCUUAACUGAUUGUAUCAGAAAUCACAUGCCUCUUUGGGAAAAUACCUCAUUUUGACAAAAUAUAUUAAAAUGUAAAAUUUUGUUUUAUUAAAGAAACAAAAAUUAAAAAUGUAUCUAAGAGUCAGACCAUGGGACAGAAAGGCAGGAAAAGCCCCCCCCCCCCCCAACAUCUCUGCUUUAAAGUAAUAGUGUCCACCUUAAGAAUUCGUUAACAUAUUUUUGAAAGGCUUUCUGUCACCCUAUUUAAGAAUUAAAGUCAGCAGCAAUGUGUGUUUUGUCUUUGCUUUCCUUCUGGCCAUGUCUUGGCAUGCUUAUGUUGGCAUUAGCAAAAGAGGCAGUUUAAAGUAAACAUGUGCAACUAGCCUGGAUAGCUCAGUUGGUUAGACCAUGGUGCUGAUAACACUCAAGGUUGCAGGUUCAAUCCCUGUAUGGACCAGCUGCAUAUUCCUGCAUUGCAGGGGGUUGGACUAGAUGAUCCUCAGGGUCCCUUCCAACUCUACAGUUCUAUGAUUCUAUUGAUCUUCAAAGGAAUACCAUUCUCCAUUUCGCCUUUUACCUCAUAUCAGCUGCCAAGGGUAAUAAAAGUGAGGGUGUCUUAACCCAUAGACUUAACUUUGAAAAAUAAAAAAAAAUGUUGUAUGAUGUGGUCUUACGCUGAAUUGGAUUACUGAUACCACCCAGGCUAGUUCUGCUGACUUUGAUCAGCAGCAGCAGCUCUCUGAAGUUCUGAGGGAGAGGUCUGUCCCAGCCCUCCUGCUGGAACUAGAGUACAUGCUAGGGGAUCCCUAGCUGGUGGGAGUUGUAGUCUAGCAACAUCUAAAGGGUCACCGGUUCCGUUCCCUGGUCUACCUUAUUGGUUAGUUAAGGUGCAGUUCAGUUAAAAUUGCUUUCUUAAUGGCAGACAGUAUGGAAUUUAAAGUGGGGUGCAUCAUAUGCAUUUCCUAAUGAUCCUACCUGACCCUUGACAUCGGCCCCAGUAGGAUCAGACAGGAGUGGAUCAAGGGCAAUACUUUAUUUAGUGGUGGAACUCCUUUACUGGCAAGCUCCAUCAUCUUGCCUCCUCCUUGGCUACUUUUCAAAGGGCACUGAAUACUUUCCUCUUUCACAAGGCCUUUUAUGAAGAAAUUCUGAUUUCUGCACAUGUGAUUUUUCACUGUAUGAUUGCUGUGAACUGCUAUGGAAGGAUUUGUGUUUUGAAAGGCAAAAGAAAUCAGUAAUGUGGACCCCUCUCCUUCAAUCUCUUACAUUCUUUCUUUUACUUUGAAGUAAAUGUAUAUUUCAGGAGCUGUUCAAAAGCAGCUUAUUUAGCUAAUUGUUCACAGCCUGCCUUGGAAGCUUCAUUGUUUUCUUGCCGCUUUGGUAAGGACCAUGUGACUAAUGUCAAGUCUUCAUGUGUCUCCUCGUGAAUUGCUUGCCCUUUUCUUAGGCAAGAGGGCAGUGUUGAAAAAAUAAAUCCAUUUCUUUUAUCUCAUUCGAGCCAGGCAUUCUAUUUGCCACCACUGUUCAAAACUUUGGCUUUUCCUUUGACUUUGAGCUCUUCCUCACCUUCUCAUUCAUUUCUUGUAUCAAAGCAUCUCUAUUGCCAACUCCAAAGAAUAGUUUCUGUAUGGCAAACUUGGAAAGCCUUGUUUUCUUAAAACACAUUGCUUGUCAAGGGGAAGCUUUUGCUUCCCAGCUUUUCUAAGCAGAAGCGAUAAUGGCUAUCAGCUUGCAAAGUUCUACUAUUGGGAGUUAUAAAUGGAAUUCACCUUAGAAGUUUUAAAUGCUCUUUGGAACUGCCUUCCCCUUCCCUCAAACAACUUCAGUUAAAUUUGCUUUACUGCUAGAAUGCCAUAUUACUUUUUCUAGUUAGCUGCAUCGGAAUAUACAGAUCAAAAGAUCAUGAAGUAAAUAUGAGUAGAUGUUACCAGAUGACUAGUUGUCUGAGUUAGAAACCACAAGUGUAGAAAUCUGGGGCUGUGAGUGUUGUAGACGUAUUCUCUUUAAAGCUGCAAUACAACCAUUACAUUUUGUAGUGAAUCUCAAACAAGAAACAAAACUUCAUAAAGUAGGGGUAGCCAACACGAUGUUUAUGUAUAUAUAUUGAAUUAUGCAUAAUGAGAACAACAUAAUAAAUAAAUAACAUAAACAUAGAAUAGUCAAAAAGCAUUAGGAAAUCCUCAGUAUGCUACCCAAAACUUUCCUGUGUCCUGUUUGGUACUGCAAGCUUUUUGAUUAUUAAUGCUUGAGGUCUUCAAGCCACAGGAUUAUGGGAAUCCCAUUCUGGGUCCUAUGCAGGAGCACUGUGCUAUAUUCACUAACACCCUCCAGCUAUGCCCUUCAUAACUACCAUUCUACAAAUCUUGAUCUAAUACUUUCAUUUAUAGUCACUAUAAGCAUAUUAUUUAUAUUCACCAUAUUCACAUUCCACAGUGUGUGUAUAUCUUAUGUUCUUACUGAUAUUUAUUUUAAAAGUGUAUUACUCCCUGCUGGGAUAUGCAAAAUACCGAGCUUUUGACUUUUGUGUUUUUUGCAUUUGCUUUGGUGUGUUCAUUGUGAAUUGCAGCCUUGGUAGAGUUUUUAUUUUUUAUAUUAAAAAAAAUAUAAGCACCCAGGUGUUGUAAGAGCUUUAGGAAAUCAGUAUCAUCAUUGCAUUGGGAAAUGAAUAGGCCAUCAAGAAUUAUAACAGUACUAUGUGCUGAAGGAUCUUGCUUUUAUGAAAGGAAGGAGAUACUUAAUUGUAUUAGAAUAUAUUUUGCUAUGUUCUGGGUAUGAGUAGCGCUUCCUUCCCUUUAUAGUUCUUAGUUUGGGGGGGAAAUGUGGUACUUGUGGUCCUCCAGAUAUUGCUGGUGUAUAACACACGCCAUCCCUCACUGCUGACUCUGUCAGCUGAGGCUGAUGGGAAUCUGAAUCUAACAACAUACAAAGGUUCACAAGUUCCCCAUCCUUAGGAAUUUGUGGAGUAACAUCUGAACAAAACAUUCCUUCAGUUACUGUCCUUUGCUUCCUUGCCCCCUCCCCCCUAUUUAUGGAGGCACUUAAUAACAUCCAGGACUUGUGGAGCUUCCCAGCAUGCUCAGUGGCAAUUAGAAUAACAUUGGCAUAGGGGGGGAUAAACUUUCUGUGGUACAAGGCAGUAUUAGGUCGGUAAUUGCCUGUGCAGAUGACACAUCACUGUUCCAGAGAUCACGAAGGAAGGUGGUGGUGGUGGGGGAGGUCAGAUUCCAUGUAAUGAGGCUUUUCCUGCUGUGUUACUAUAGCCCUAUGACUAUUCUUCCAGUUCUUCCCCUCCCCCUUGUAGUUUCAGUAAUCUCUUCAAAAUGCAAUAAAUUAUUUGGACACACACACUCCGGUGAUGAUAUUCAUUUAUAUAGAUUUAUCACCUGCCCUGUUUAGUAGACUCACUGUUGAAACUAAAAGCAUGAAACUCUAGCUGACUUGAUACUUGAUAACUCUAACUAAAAGCAUCAAACUCUGCCGACUUGAUACUAAACCAUUAAAGCCAGAGCAACCUGGUUGAGUUUACGUUGCUUUUGAAAUGUUCCCAGGCUUGUUAGUACUCAGGCCACUUCAAGGUCAAGUCUGAGGCACCAAUGUCCAAAAACUUGCUGAAGGUAAGCAGGUUUGGGUCCUGUCAGUGCCUGAAUGGGUGACCACCUGAGAACCACAUGUAUGCCACCUUGGGUUCUAUGAUAGAGGAAAGGAAGAAUAUAAAAUUCAAGAAAAUGAAUCUUCUCACUGAAACUGCCAAACCAUUUUCAAAGAUCACUUGACCUACUUCAAUUUGUCUUCAGUGUGCGCACACUUAUUUCCCCCCACUUGGAAAAUAGAUUUCUGAUAAGUUUAUAGUUGUAUCCAAAGGACACCUUUUCCUGUGUGAAACUGUCUGUCAGUUCAGAUGUUCUGAGGUCCUUUUCCAGGUUCCUCCUUCCUCUUUCAGAGUCUAGGGAGGUGACUACUGGUAAAGAGUGCCCUGGCUGUGGAACGCCCUCCAGGUGCUCAUUUGCUUGACCCUUUCAUUAUUAUUGUUUAGGCACCAUAUCGUAUGCUCUUGCCAAGGACAUGUAUCUCUGUUAACAUCUGAACCUUACUUGUAUGUGUUCAGGACCCUGAAUGUUUGGGGAGAAUUUUGCUCUGGUGCUAGGCUAAUCUCGUUCCUCUGUUUUGCUGGAGGAUAGGCUGCUGUGAGAUCAGCAGACUUGGCAUGGAAACUAGCAUGUUUUACCAAUUAUAUAGGAACACAAUGUGGGUAACACUAGAGACUUUGGCUUGGUAUCAGAGUGCCCUUGUAAGUUAUCCAGGAGGAAGGAACAGACGACUCCAGAAGUUUUCCAAGGGGGUUUUGUGCAUGAAGGUAGAUAGAAAAUAAAUUGCAGAUCUAAUUAUUUAAGGCUGUACCAAAGGAAAGGGGAAAGGAGAGAAAAGUGAGGGUGGCAGCAAGCUAAAAGCAAUUGUGCACUGAUGCUUCAGCGCUUGGGAGAAGAAGGAAGGGAAUGUUGAAAGUUGAUGAGAGAGGAGGAUGGAGACUUAGAGUGAGAAGAAGAGGGAUGUAGAAAUAGUAAUACUACCGUACUCUCUUUAUGACCUGUUGGAGGAUGAGAAAGUUGAUAAAUCCUCAUUUUCAAGGCUUUGUUGAACAGAGAUGGUGGCAUUUGACACCCAGACCAGGGCUUCUAAAAGAAUAAUGGGCAGGCUAGCACCCUGUCGGACCAUAUUUAAGGAGUAGACACAGUCCAGAAAAGGAAAGUACAUCAUAAACAAGGGUUCAGAUCUACAGGCAGGCAGAGAGAGAAACAGCUGUAGGCAAUGUGGAUGCCAAACUGGAUUCUCUUGAACUAAAAAGAACAAAGACUAGAGCAGCUAUAGAAAACAAAAACUAGGGUGGCUGCUGAAGGGGGAAUUUUCUGGAGAACAAAAGGGCUUUUCUGGAUAGAGCUGCUCUAAUCUGGAUGGGUGUUGAUAUUGACCUGGAAAGUCAAAGGAUUACUCAGAGCUCUCAGUUGCCAAUGGCAAGCAAAUUGUUUUCCCGAUUUCAGUAGGCGCUGGGGGAACCUUGGCUUCUGUGAGUCUAAGAAGCUCCUUAGAUUUUUUUUUGGUGGGGGGAGGGCCAGGAUCCUUUCUUGCUCAUGUCAAAAGAGGUUGGCAACUGGUCCUGCAAACACACCCUGUUCUUGCCAGUUGACUGUCAUAGACGAAGGCUUUUAAUACAGAAUGAGAAAUGUAGGAGACAAAAUGGAGGCAAGCUAAUGUUCUCUGGCAACAGUGCAGUCUUACCUUGUCCGCCUGUGCUAUAACUGCACUUAGCAGGCAUCAGCUUUGGCUGCUUUUAUUUGUAAUUGUACUGCUGGUUUUUAUUUUCAUUUUAAGCACUGCAGUUGAGUGUUUAUUAUGCUGCUUGUUUUAUAAGCCAAGUUGUUUUAGAGAAGAAUGGUAGGGCAAUAGAGUGAUUAAAUCAACUAGGUGCUAAAAUUCAAAACAUUAAAAUACUUUUAUAUUGCCAUACUUAAAAGACUAAACAGUAGAUAAUUAAGUCUUCCAAUCUAUUUGUAAAUUCUCAGCUAGGCUUCUUCUGCAAAAUCUCCUGUGAUGCUAGGUCUUUGAGGCUUAUUAAGUUGCAAAGUGGAACUUUGGCUAACUCAAAGAAAAGGGUUCUUUGUACUUUAGAGCACAGUUUGUCAUGCAGUUCACAUCAUUUGCAUGUGAAGUGAGAACUCCAUUUCUAAUCUAUUUUCACAGAAAAUGUUGAACCCAGUGUUUAAUGGGUCAUAUCUCUGAGCAGAAUGUUAGGAACAAAUUAAGGGAGGGCAGGGAAUAACAUUUAUUUGAUAAGAUCAGUUUGGGGCCAUUUUCCCUUAUACAGUCAUACCUCGGGUUAAAUAUGCUUCAGGUUGAGCGUUUUCAGGUUGCGUUCUGCGGCGACCCGGAAGUAACGGAAUGGGUUACUUCUGGGUUUCGCUGCUCGGGCAUGCGCAGACGCUCAAAAUGACAUCACGCUCAUGCGCAGAAGUGGCAAAUCGCAACCCGUGCAGAGGCGGGUUGCGUUCUGCUCAGAAUGCGAACGGGGCUCUGGAACGGAUCCCAUUUGCAUCCAGAGGUACCACUGUAAGUGAUAAGGGGACUUCUCUGCAUUCUCUACUAGGCAAUAUGUCAUGGAUAACAGCAUUGUUGGGGGGGGGAGGGGGUGUCCAUUUAAAAAAAAAUUCUUACUGUGCAGGAGCUAACUUCUUGGGUAUGUUUUGUUUCCAUUGCAGGUUGCAUUUUUGAAGAUGUGAAGGAACCUGGUCUGAUACUUUUGAAAAUAAAUUCCUGUCAAGAUAACCUUCAGCUACAAAGAACUGUGGAUCUAAGUUACCAAGUGAGGAUGUCCCCCCCCCCCCUGAAAGUGAUUGUGAAGUUCCUAAGCCAAAGGAAAAAAGCAGUUAAUUGUAUAUUUAACUUGCUGUUUGUUGACUUUGGAGUUUUGAGAAGUUCAAAGAAUGUGAUGGAGGCAAGUCAGUCAAGCAGAGAGGCCAAUUUUUGCGAGGCUUGA